AUGGCCGACCACGAUGAGGAGAGUGGUACUUUUGAUGAAUCUGCCAUGGACACUGGCGAAGCUCCAGAGGCCCCUAUUGAAUUCAACGACCAGGUAGACAUGUUGCCUCCUCUGCCUGGCCCUGAUGUUAAACGGAAACUCGUAUGGACUCGCAUGAAGGGAUUCCCGUGGUGGCCAAGUCUUGUUAUGGAUGCUGCUUUGGAAGGUGCUCUACCAUUACACAUUCGCAAACAGAAGCGUGGAAAAGAUGUCACUAGCUGCUAUCACUUUGGAGAAGCCGGUGAUGUGAACUGGUACAAAGCAAACGACAUGCGAGACUAUGAAGACUAUAAACCUCAAGUCCUGGCAAAGAAACCCAAAUUAAAACUAUGGACUGAAGCAUUCGCUCAAUCAGAACGGCCUGAUGCUUUGACUCUAUUCGACAAACGAUGGGAUAUUGUACCCGCAAGCAACUUGAAGAUAACCAUCAAACCUCCGUCCGAAAAGAAACCAAAGAAACCUAAACAGGAUCGACGUGCUACUACCAGUGUCAUGGAAGAAGACGAAGACGAGUCUGGUAACAAUAGGAGACAUUCCGAACCUGUAAAGCAACCAAGGAAGAGCAGGAAGAGAGCUGAAGAGGUUGAAGAUGAACCAGCAGAGCCACCCAAGAAGAAGAAGAAGAUUGCAGAGAAGGCCAAGAAGGAUGAACCCGAACCUGCUGAGACUGCCGGAGAGGAGGAACAACACGAGCGUAUGAUGAAGCUCCGUGCUAAACUCCAGAAGUUUUGGCAAAAGCUUGAUCGCUCAGAGCCGCUGGAUGACAAGGAUUAUAGUAAAGCAGAUUCAGCCCUCAAAGCUGUUGAAAAUUUUCACGAUGAUGGUCGUAUGCCGGCUGUUAAUCUCAUUAAGAACACCAAGAUUGGCAAAGUCAUCAAAUAUCUAUCUAAAUCCGGAGACAAGGUUACAGGCGACAAGUAUGAAGUUAUCCCACGAUCUGUGAAACUCAUGGAAAAGUGGGCUACCUUUUAUACCGGUGAUAACGACAAAGCAGAUACCAAAGCUCCUGGUGAUAAGCCUGCAUUGUCGAAUGACGAUAAGGGCAAAGAAGCAGAAGCUGUUGCUCCUGCUGCCGAUGCAGCUCCAGCUCCAGCUGCUGAUGAUGGAUCUGAUCCAACAACAUCGACAGCCGCCCCUACUCCAACUAUUGCUAAUGGCCAUGCUGCUGAUUAUGAAGAAGGGGACUCUGCAAAGAGUGCUGCCUCAAUAUCCUAA